GAAAAAUGAACACUGAGCCACUUGGAGAGAGACUAAACGAGACUUCAAAGUCUUCUGUUCUCCCUCUGUUUUGGAGCAAGCCGAAAGAGAACUUACCUCCAAAGCCGAGUAAUAUACCAUCUCAAUCAUCACAAAAUGAUUCCAUAUCGGUUAUUAAAGAAGAAAACUCUAAGUUAGAAGACUCACAUCGCUCAAAUUCACAGAAAAGGAUUUUAGGUUCAAAAAUGGCUUCUGAGAAAACUAUAGAGAAGGCUCCUUUAGAUCUUGCUCUUGUAUUUCCUAAAGCAUGGGCCAAAGCAGAAGAGAGAGUCAAGAGCAAAAGCAAAUUGAGUGGAAACCAAAUAGAAAGCUUGAUCAUUAUGCGUAUGAAUCUUGCAACAUCUAAAAUUUAAGUUAGCUAAAACCCAGAGCGAUCCGCAUACAAUGAGCCUAAAACACACUGAGACACAGAAGGAGCUAAGCAAGUACAAGUUUCAUGAAAUGUCUGAUCCAAAGUAUAACCGCCUAUACGCAAAAAUGAUGAGAGAGGAUUCUGCAAAGAGGACCUCAACGACCCAUAUUGUUCCAGAAAUAGGUGAUCAGAAACACCAAAUUCCAAAAAUCUCCCAAAGUGCUAGUAAAAUAGGUUUCAGAGAGAUUACUGAGAAGGUUAAGAAGAGAGGGAACUCCAAGCACCAGGUUCUUAAUAAACUUCUAAACCAGAAGCUAAAGGUAAAGCAAAAGUGCUUCAGGCCUGAGAAAUAAGAACUAUAAGAGCCGAGUGCAACAGAUUUCGUUCCAGGUUGAAAAGAUCAUCUCUGGAGAUCCUCACAGGAAGUAUAUCAUUGAUGAAUAUAACAAGAGCACUUUUGAGAAAUACUUGCAUUAUAAAAGAGUCAAGAAAAUAAUCGCACUGGAAGCUUAUACUCAUUUUAAACAAGCUAAGCAUGGCAAAAAGUCCUCUAAUCUCAAGCAGGAGGAUACAUCUUCUAGACGUACUACAAAAGUAAAAACUAAAACUCAGAAGCAGCCUAAAUCACACUUCAACUUCAAGUUGCUCUCGGUCGACAGGAGGUUUUCCAGAAAAGCUAUCUUAAAGGAAAUAACUGAGAAAGAAAUUUAUUCACAGAUUGGAGAAGAUGAAAGUCUUCAGAACUACUGUAAAGUAGUCCAAGGAAUCCCCCCUAAUAGUCAGGUUAAAGGGAUAGUCAAGGAAUUUUUGAAGCCUGCUCCCAAACUCUCAAGACUUACGAUGGAAUCUAUGCUUGCUCAGAAUGUGAUGAAGAGCAGAAAUGAGGUGAUGACUUUAAGCCGGAACUCAUCUUCAGUUUUUAACAAAAAUUUCAACAGUUUUAAGAAGAUACCAAGACCAGUGAAGGAUUUGAAGAAAACACAUAAGGAAAGGAAGAGACAAUAUCUUGUUAGACAGACUCACACAAAGUUGACUCGGACUUAUCAUAAUAUACUGAAAGAACAGGCCAAAAUGAGCCAGUGUAGGAAAUUUGAAGAUUUCAUGACUAAAACAACUCAUAAUCACAACUUAAAUUCUGAAGAAAAUAAGUCGAUACCGAUAAUUAAUCAGAGAGGUUCAAGGAAUUCAAGGUCCAUAUCCAAGAAGAGCUUAAAGGGUAGCAGAAGGAGCAGCGGAUUCUCAAUGAUCAACUUCGGUAGUCUAGCAAAUAAACGGAGAUCAUCAAGAAUGAGCGAUGGUCCCAAGGUAGUAAUGCGGUUCGUGUAGUCUUGUAAGCAAUUGUAAUAAUUAAUUCUAAUUUUCUCAAUUU